AUGAAUCAAGGAAUGAAGGCUCUUUUGGGUAAAACCAUUAAAAUUGGUAUGUAUAAUGUUACCCUUAAGGAAAAGAUUGGUGAAGGUGGUUAUGCAUGGGUUUUUCUUGCAGAAGAUCAACAAAAAUCAGUUUAUGCACUCAAAUACGUUAAAUGCGUCGAUAUAAAUAAGUUUAAUCAAUUCAAGAAAGAAGCUCAAUUCUUACAAGCAUUACCAGAACAUCCACAUAUCGUUAAGAUUUUUGCAGUUGAUAUAAAUGAAGUUGACAUGUCAAUUAAAUUCCUAUUUGAAUAUGCACCUGCGACAUGUAUCGGAAUGAUGACAGAUAGACCAUUAAGUGAGCAAGAAAUUUUGAUUUUCUUCCACGCAAUUUGUGAUGCAGUUGCAUUCUUACAUUCAAAAAAUCCUCCAAUAUUACAUCGCGAUCUCAAGCCAGAAAACAUUCUUGUGGCACCAAAUGGAGUUCCGAAGCUUUGCGAUUUCGGUUCUGCAACAACAAGUGUUUUAGUUGCAAAUGAUCCAUCUGAAAUCAACAGAAUUAAAGACGAUAUCGAUAAUAAUACAACACAGAGCUAUCGAGCUCCAGAAAUGAUCGAUCUUUACAAUAGAAUUCCGAUUUCAACACCAGCAGAUGUUUGGGCUUUAGGAUGCACCUUAUACAAAUUAGUUACUCGUAACGAAAUGUUCAAACCCGAAGAUACAUUAGCCAUUCUACAAGGGAGAAUUACAAUUCCUUCUGGCUGCUCACCAGCAUUUGCCCAAACAAUACAAGCAUGCUGCCAGAUCGACCCAUCCAAGCGCCCUACUGCAGCCCAAAUUGCUGCUUCCGUUCUCAAAGCGAGAGGUCCAAAUGAAAGAGUUACAAUUCCUCCGAAAAACUCUCACCAACACGAGCCAACGAUCGACAAUCCCAUUUUCGGAUUCUUCAAGGAAUCGUUCAGAACAAUUACCGCUCAAGGACUUGAGAAAACAAUUAUAAAAGCGACAUACGGAAACGAUAAACCUCCGAAAUCGAAACACGUUCGCAGGUUGUUACUUUCCGCCAUCAAAGAACCAUAUUCCACCAAGGCCAUUACUAACUAUCUUCUUGGCGAACGUCCUUGGUCAACAGAUCCUCGUGUUGCCGCAAAAGUUUUGUACACAAUUUUGAUGAUUUUGCAGGACCAAUCUAACCUCAGCGCUUUUGUCCCAAUCACCGUCAAAACAGAUGAAAUCCUCAACAGGUACUCGCAGAACAAGAUCGGUGAUACAUACCAUACAUCGCUUAUAGCAAUAACUCAACUGGCAUCGAUAAUUAAAAUCAAAUUGAUGCUUCACGCCGCUCAUCCAGAAUUGGAAGGAAAUUUUGUCAUAAACGGCCGAACUGAUGAACACUUGAAAGAUGAUAUCAAGAGAUACUUCUCAAGUGUUGUAACAGCGACAAGAGCAAUGAUGGAAAACAUUAAUUCAAUGGAUUCAUUCUUCGCGGAAGUUAUCUCUUUGCCUUUGCUUAAGGAGAUGGCAUCAGCAGGAUCAUUGAUGAAAGUCUUGGACUCAUCGGAUGAUAUGUUGAUGCAGGCGAAAGAUGUUAUUAGCAGGUCUAAGAGGUACGAUUAUUUAUCUUCUGCCUUAACAAUUGACAUGGACCGUCCUCCUAAGAAAAUAUUUGUUUCGUAA